GGCAAGUAAAUCUUGAGAUUGCUGAUCAAAACGACUUCACUCCACUGAUGGCUGUCGCAACCAGAAACCUACGACACUUUGUCAACGUCUUAUUAAAGUAUGGUGCGAAAGUUAAUACCACAAACAAACUCGGGAAAACCGCGCUUAUGAUGGCUGCCAAUAAAGGUUUCCUCGAAAUCGCUGAAUUGCUUCUGCAACAAGGAGCGGAUCCAAACAUACAGGAUGUGAACGGAAUGCACGCAAUGUUCUACGCUGUGGAUGGGGAGAAUGGCAACAUGAUUCGAUUGUUGCACAAGUAUGGAGCGAAGGUGGAUCUGGAAGACCGGGACAACCAAUGGACCCCUUUAAUUCGUUUGGCAUGUUUGGCAAACAAUGGCAAUCCGCGAGUAGGUGCUGCACUCAUUGACUGCGGAGCGAACGUGAACCAUAGAGACAAGUAUGGACAGACGGCCCUUAUCCACUGUGCUUUUCACCGAAACCACACCGAUUUGGCGAAGCUGCUGCUCUCCAGUGGAGCCGAUCCGGACAUUCGCAACAAGAAAAAUCACACGGCUCUAGAUAUAGCUAGAUCCUUGGAGAAUUUGAACUUUUGUGCAAUAAUAGAAAAAUUGAAACGCGCUGGAAUACGCAAAUAACGGGACCAAACGUCAGCAACAGAAAACACAAUUUCACGUCGUCAACCUAUUUUCCUUCGAAAGCAAUUAUUUUGUUUAUUCCUAUCCAUUCUCCUUAUCCUAAUUUACCUCACUUCUUUGGUUCAGCUUCUGUUAUUAUCAGACCAAUAAUAAAUUGGCAAUAAUUGCGUGACUUACUUCUAAA